AUGCUCUUGAUCCUUGCAGUUAUAAUCCUAGCUCUCACUGGAUCGUCUGUUUCAAUAUGUUGCAGUGUGCCUGCUAGGCAAGCUUCUUCUGCGGCGGCGGGGGCGGCGGCUACGACCUCUGUAGCCUGUCUCUCUCCAUCUCGAGCUGGCGGCAGCACAGUUAAGGCUCUCCCGUCCAGUUCUCCGGGUUUCCCUCAGUCGACCACCAACGGUGGCGGAUACAUUGGUCCCUGCUCCAAGAGUUCCACAUGCAAGGGGGAGGCCACCUACUACGAUACUGCCACCUCUGCCAGCGCCCCGAGCAGCUGUGAGUGGACCAAUGAUGGCUCUACCGAGAAUGUUGUGGCUCUACCCGCGGGCUUCAUGGGGGAUAAUAACUGCGGUCGUACCGUGAUCAUCCGCUACGGCAGGAUCCUGGCGACUGGAAGGGUCGUCGAUAAAUGCAAUGGCUGUGAUGGUACAUCCCUUGACCUGUCACGUCACCUCUUCGGGGAACUAGCUCCUUUCUCCGAGGGACGUCUCUUCGGUGUGGAGUGGUGGAUCGAAUAA